AUCUAAUGCGAAUGCUAAUGCCAAUGCGCAUGCCAUAAGCUGACGGAACGGAAAGGAUGUCGAAUUUGCGCAAUUUGUCAAUCGAGGAACAUCAGGAGCUGGACAGUUGGUUGGUCGGUAAGAAAAUCGUCUUGAAUCAUCGCACCAGACGCGAUCUAUCCGAUGUUGUCAACAUGGCGCUGCUUUUCAAGGAUGUCGUUGGCAAGUUGGUCAAUAUGAAAAACUAUACGUCUCAUGGUAAAUUAGCACUGAAGUUACUUAACUGGGAAACGUUCAGUCUGAAGGUAUUACGCAAGACGGGGCUCAUCCUGUCGCGCCCGUCACUGGAGCUGCUCGCCUCGGGCGACUUGAAUGCCAUAUGCUCGUUGCUGUUUCAUCUGAUGCGCAUCGAACGGGAUGGCAUACAGUUCAGCUCACGCCGAGCAUCUCCAGUCAAGGGCCAGCCGCCGUCAUCGCAAUCCCUAGACAAUGUCGAUGCCGAUGCUGUACAGCAGGCGAGUCCAAAAAUAACGCAUUCACAGAGCUCCACACAAACGUCGAACGAUCCGCAGAUGUCGCUGACGGAUGACAAAUCGAACAAUAUAAACGUGACAGAGACCCCCACACAGUCGCAGAUGGACCUACAAGCAAUGGCUGCCAGUGCCCAAAUGUCGCACAAUCUGAGUGUUGCCUGUGCCAACUACGAGGAGCAGUUGCGCAUCAACGAAAAGAAGGAGCUGUACAUCAUGUCCCUCGACCAGAAGGUACAAUAUCUCCAGAAGAUCAUACUCGAAAAGGAGAAGCGCAUCAAUCAGCUGCUCGAUCAUCUCUCCACACUAUCCGUGCGCAUCAUCUCCAUGCAAACGUCGAUUGCUGACGAACCUCUCCAACUCAAAAACCAAUAUUUAGCCAACGAAUGAGGAGCUCUUGCAGCAACUGCAAGCGCCGUCUGCACGAGACUCUUGCCUAACAGCACACACACUCAGAUCCACCCAGACAUACCCAAAUACACACACACACACACACACACCCAUAACCAAGCACACCCACCUACAUCCCCCCACGCCUACUCACAACCUCCCACAUCAUAUAUUUAUAUAUACGAUAUAUAUUUUUUGCAACUUUUACUUUUUUCUUAAUUCUUUUUUGGCUUUUUCCAAUUGGUCAAAAACAUUGACAACAAAAAUAAAACGAAAUUGUUGUGUUAUGCCCCCUCGC